GAAAAAAAAACUGCAUAUAAAGUGAUAAAAAAAGUGUUGACGUUGCAACUGCAAAGACGGUAAAAAAAAACCGAGCUAAGAAAGCAAAAUAACCCAACGUAACUUGAAAUUAGUGGAAGGAGAACACAGAACUUAAGAGAGAGCUCACACCCACACGGCUUGUUCGUUCAAGAUAUGCAAAUAUGGAUUUCCACAUUCUGAUUGUCAUCGGCUGUGUGCUUAGCGCUUCGGUUCUCUCAUUUUUGUUCAUCAACAAGAUCUUCAGACGCAAAACCUUUGAGGAAGUUGUGGCCGAAAAACGUGCCCUUAGUGCUAAUCUCUAUAAGGCAGGUGGCGGCGGUGGUGCUGGCUCCAAGAAACCCAAGAAAAAGGAAUUGAAACGUGAAAAGAAGCAACGCCAACGGGAACAGCAAAAGCCAGAUGCCAGCAAUAAUGAGGCCGAUGAGGAUUAUUCCGAUGGCCAAUCGGAAGGUCAGGCUUCGGUAGAAGAAGAUGCUGCUGCCGUAGUAUUGCCUGGGUUGUCCAAGCAACAUGUUGAAUUUGAGCCAGAUGCUGAGAUAUUGACUGAAAACCGCAGAUCUAGCAAUGCCGAGAAGGAGAAUCAACCAACAGCAGCAGCUGGUAAAAAGGGAAAGAAGGACAAGCGUAAUGGACCCAAGAGCGGUGGAGCUAGUUCUGUGGCUGGAAUUUUGGUGAAUAAAAAUGAGGCAGUUGCCGUCAAGUUGGGAGCAGCUGGAGCAACCAAUGGAGAGGAGACAGCUACACCAACCUUAAAUAAUUUCGAGGUGCGAGCUCCCAAGGAUGUUGUUGAAUUGAAGAAGCAGGAGCAAAAGGAACGCAAAGAGGAUAACAACAACAAACAGCAAGCUCAAAAGAAGAACGGAUCAGUGACCAAAAAGGAGAAGUUCAUUGAAUUGGAUGCUUCCGCUCCGGCUUCAACGGCUUCCGUAGCCCCCGCUGUGCCUGUUCAGGUGACCAAGCAAAUCAUCAAGCAACAACAACAAACUGGUUCACCCAAAACCCAGCAUAAUCAGACAAACAACAAGACCAAACAGCAGCAGCAGCACAACAACAAGCAAAGGCAAAAGGAAUCCCUCACAGCCAAGGAUUUAGCCCAGGCUCUCGAUAAACUUGCCGAACAUCAGAAUCAAUCUUUUGGUGUCUCUGCCCUGAUGAAUGUAUUCGCCCGCACUGAACUGAACCGCUCCGAAAUUCAAAUACUUAUUGAUUAUUUGCUAAACAAGCAACAGGAUAUGCCCGCUUCGCAUGCCGAAUGGUCCGAUGACAUUUGCCAGAAGCUCAAGCGCCAACUUGAGGAGAAGGAGAAACUAUUGGCCGAUGAGCAGGAGGCUUCUAUUGGCAUUCAGGCGAAAUUGCGUGAAUUGCGCCAGGAGAUUAACACGGAACGCGCCCAGAUGCAUGCACGCAUUCAGGCCUACAACGACAAGCUCCAGAGCAAGGAACAGGAGCUAUCGGCUCUCAAUCAGGAAUUGGCCAAUGCCAAUGACAAGUUGGCAAUCGAACGUCAACAGUUUCAGGCCAUGCUCCGCGAAAAACAGGCUAGCACCGAUCUAUUGCCCCAGUUGCAACGUCUUCAGCAGGAUCUUGCCCACAAGGAGAAAUGCUUAAGCGAGAUGACUGCCUUUGUCACUUCCGAGUCGGAAAAGAAGAACGAAAUCAUUCAGGCGCAAACUCAGCGUAUAUUGUCCCUGGAGCAACAGUGCGAGGAAUUGGAGGUGCGUCAGAACAAUAGCAUCUUUGAGCUGGAGCAGCGCAAGCAAUUGGAAACUGAGAACUCUGAACUCAAAGUGGAGCGCUGCAAUCUGCACAACGCUUUGGAGUCUGCCCAAUCAGAACUGAAACGUGUCUGCAAUUCGGAGUUACAAGAACUGCGCCAGCAAAUUGUUGCCUUGGAGACCAACAAUCAGAAUCUAACUCAGCAAUUGAAUCAGGCCAAUAGUAAUGCCGUCCAGGCGACGGCCGCGCAAUCGGAACAGGCCCAAGUCCAAUCCGAGGCCUUGGUCCAAAAGCAAAAUGAACUGAGUUCCCUGCAAGGUCAAAUCAGUUCUCUCAACGAUGACAAGACCAAGCAGCAGCAAUUGGCCACCACAUUGCAGUCCCAAUUAAAGGACGCGCAAGAAAAGGCCAAGCAGUUGCAGGCCAAAGAGCGCCAACUGGAGCAGGAAUUGCAAGAGCAGCGUGAAAAGAAUAAUGAUGUUCGUUUGAAAAAUUGGAAGUUGAUUGAAGCGUUGCAAAAUGCCGAAGCAACAACAGCAAAGACGAAAGCAAAUACAGCGCAAUCCUUAGGCCAACAACAGAAACAGUUGCAGCAACAACAGCAGCAGCAGCAGCAAAAGGCUGCCUCCGAUACAAAUGGCGGAGCAAUACCAUCCUCCUCAGCAUCAUCAUCAUCCUCCAGUUCAGUAAAAUCGGAACAGCAGCGUAUACGUGAGCUGUACCAGCGUUUGUAUCCAGAUGCUGUUAAACUGUUAGCGGCCACCGCAUUGAACGCAUCCUUCGAUGAGUGGCUGGAGCAGGUGCUGGCCACACACAUUAAGCAGCAGCAGGAGAAGCAGACAACGCUGAGCAGUAGUCAUAAGUCCACACAAUCAAACAACAGCAACAAUAUUAGUAAUAACCAUAGUACCACAACCACCACCAGCAACCCAAUUAGUAGCAAUAAUAGUAGUUUGAAUAGCAAAUCCUCCAUUGAGCAGCUGGAGCUGCACAAACAGAAUCUACAAUUGCGUACUUGCAAUGAUAAGCUCACACAGUUGGUCACAAAAACGACCAACACUUUGGUGGAUUUGGAGCAGCGUGCACGCGAACAGGAUGAACAUUGGCGUAGCAUUGUUAGCCAAAAGGAGGAGCUUAUUACCAAGCUACAGCAGCAUGCCUCAAAUGGCGAGCAAGACAUUUAAUGUCGCCGAGUAAACGCUGCUCAGAAGAACCACAACGAUAAUUUACCACAAAAUGUUUGUCCAAAACUUCCAACCACACAAUACUAAAAACAAAAACAAUUUUGGCAAACAACAAUAACAACAACAUUUCUAACAAUCUAUUAAGUUUAAAGUGAAAUAUUAUGUAUGAAAACAAGCAAUUAAUAUAUGAGAAGAUGAGAGAGAGUAAGAAAUGAUAUACGAAACAUGCCCAACAACAA